AAGACCUAUCACUGUAUGAAAUGAACUCUCUUUACGCGAAGAGACUUUUGCUUAAAUUUUUAUUUAAUUCUUUUAAAAUGCAAGCAAAUGAAACAGGAAGCCAAGAGGAAGAACCCCAAGAAGGAGAAGUGGAAGAAGAAGAAGAAGACCAGGAUUUUCUCGUUGACCAAACAAGAAGUUGUGGUUGCCAUGUUGUCCAAGUUCCUUCUUGUUCUUCUUUUGCUCGUUUCUGGCGCUUUUGAAGCGAUUGCAAGAGUACAUGAGCACAAGACGAAUGUAAAUUCCAAUAUCUCAACUCUAGCCGGAAUCGAAUUGCCUGGCCAUAUGACCUUCAAUGCAGUUUCUUCUUCACCAGUAAAAUCAGAUUGUAGCCUCCCCAGGUCAAAAAAAGACCAACCAACAGAAUCACUAACUGCUCAAGAAGAAGAAGAUGACGAUGAUGAUGAUCUUUUUGUUUAUGUUGGUGGCGAUGAAGGAAAAGAUUCUAAGAAAACGGUGAGACUUGAGUUAAAGCGCAGGUACGGGUCGAUGAAUCAAGAAACUAAGGCAGAAGAAUCUUUCAUCGCUUCCACAACUCGGGAUUUGACCAGAAUUCAGACUCUACACAAGAGGAUCAUAGAAAAGAAGAAUCAAAAUGCCGUUUCAAGACUAAAUAAAGGUUUGAAGCAGGAAAAGAAAGAGCUGAAGCAACCUGUGGUUGCCCCAGCAGCAUCCCCGGAAUCUUAUGCAACUGGGAUUUCCGGGCAACUCAUGGCGACCUUGGAGUCAGGGGUGAGCCUUGGCUCUGGAGAAUACUUUAUGGAUGUUUUUAUUGGUACCCCUCCCAAACACUUCUCUUUGAUUCUUGAUACUGGUAGUGAUCUUAAUUGGAUUCAAUGCGUUCCUUGUCUUGAUUGUUUUGUGCAAAAUGGGCCUUAUUAUGAUCCUAAGGAGUCAAGUUCUUUUAGAAAUAUAAGCUGCCAAGAUCCUCGGUGCCAUUUAGUUUCUUCCCCUGAUCCUCCCCAGCCUUGCAAGGCUGAGAAUCAGACAUGUCCUUAUUUCUAUUGGUAUGGUGAUAGUUCAAAUACAACAGGUGAUUUUGCGCUAGAAACCUUUACUGUUAACCUUACAUCACCUGCUGGGAAGUCAGAAUUUAAGCGAGUAGAGAAUGUGAUGUUCGGUUGUGGUCAUUGGAAUAGAGGCUUGUUUCAUGGGGCUGCAGGGUUGUUAGGACUUGGAAGAGGGCCUCUUUCCUUUGCCUCCCAGCUUCAGUCUCUAUAUGGCCAUUCCUUUUCAUAUUGCCUUGUUGAUAGAAACAGUGACACUAAUGUUAGCAGCAAAUUGAUUUUUGGGGAGGAUAAGGACCUCUUGCGUCACCCUGAGUUGAAUUUCACUUCAUUGGUUGCUGGUAAGGAAAACCCAGUUGAUACAUUUUAUUAUGUUCAAAUAAAAUCGAUCAUGGUUGGAGGAGAGGUACUAAAUAUACCUGAGAAGACUUGGAAUUUGUCCUCUGAUGGUGCUGGUGGUACGAUUGUGGAUUCUGGCACUACACUAAGUUAUUUUGCAGAACCAGCUUAUCAGAUCAUAAAGGAUGCAUUUGUGAAGAAGGUUAAAGCCUAUCCAGUAAUAAAAGAUUUCCCAAUACUGGAUCCUUGUUAUAAUGUCUCUGGGGUUGAGAAGAUGGAGCUGCCUGAAUUUGGAAUCCUAUUUGCAGAUGGAGCAGUGUGGAAUUUCCCAGUUGAAAACUACUUUAUUCGUCUCGAACCUGAGGAAGUUGUUUGCUUGGCAAUUCUGGGGACUCCUCAAUCUGCUCUUUCCAUAAUUGGAAACUAUCAGCAGCAGAAUUUCCACAUCUUAUAUGAUACAAAGAAUUCUAGGCUGGGAUAUGCACCAAUGAACUGUGCAGAUGUAUAACAUUUUUCUACGAAUGAAAUGGUAGCUAGGGGGAGAAGCAGCACUCAGUCAUUGGUGUUUCUUGGGGGGCAAUUUUUGGUUUUCCUUUCAAAACAGGCCUAGCAAUAGCAUACAGAAAGUUAGAUUCAUUAUUAUUUUUUUCUUUCUUUUUUCACAUAAUUAUACCAUAGACAUGACUGUAAUCUGCCUCACUAAGUGUAUCAAUACAGUUUUAUGCAUUUUUAAUUACUUUUUGUUUUCUCA